UCGAGCUGGGGUUCUUCUCAGUGGCGUCCAAGCGGCGCGAGCGGCCUGCAGCAUCCCGUGAGGGGAAAAAAACAUAGACAAAUCACACACCAUGAACACACUCCGCGCGCAAGACACGAUAACAGGUACCGGCGGGACACACGCGCGCGCACGCAGGAGAUGACCCGAGACACCGCGAGACCGUUGUUCACGUGACUUUAAUUCUUCAUCUCUGGGAACUAGAAAGACUUCAGUUUGAUUCUUCAUCAUCCUCGGGAUUGUUCGCGCGAGGUGAGGAUGCUAUGAAGGAGAGCAGCUUGGAACCGGAGCCUGGACAUACUAUGGAGCAAUAGUGCGCGUGAAGGCGACAGUACUUCGGAGUUGCCACGAGCGGGUGUGAUUUGACUUUGAUAAGGGCGCGCGCCGUGGGGUUUUCUUCUUUUUUCUUCUUUCUCUUUUUUUUGUCUAAAAAAAAAUAUAUAUAAGGACGUCAUGAUGGUGACGGUGAUGAUGUACGCGCUGAUCGUGAUGCUCGCGUUACGCACCGAGGAGGGCGCGUGCCAGCACUACUACCUGCUCCGGCCGGUGCCGAGCGACAGCCUGCCGCUCGUGGAGCUCAAGGAGGACCCUGACCCCGCGCUGGACCCGCGCGAGCGCGACCUGAACGAGACCGAGCUGCGGAGCGUGCUGGGCAGCGACUUGGACUCGCGUUUCCUCUCCGUGACGCCGCCGCCGCCGCCGUCGUCGUCGCAGGCGAAGGAACGCGAGGACGACGAGCACGCGGAGCGCGGUGUGUUCCCCGACGGCCCCAUGCCGGCGCACAUCCGCGCGCUGGACCUUGACGCGCCGCCGUUCGCCGCGGCCGGCGCGCGCCGGCGCAAGGCGGGCCGCAAGCUGAAACGGCGGCUGCAGAUGUGGCUUUGGGCGCGCUCGGCGUGCCCUGUGUCCUACACGUGGACGGACCUCGGCAGCCGCUUCUGGCCGCGUUACGCGCGCGUGGGAAGCUGCCGCAACGAGCGCUCGUGCUCCGUGCCCGAGGGCAUGAUGUGCACGCCGGCGGGCUCGUCGCGCGUCACGCUCCUGCGCUGGAGGUGCGCGCGCCGCCGGGGCGGCCUCAGGUGCGCGUGGAUUCCCAUGCAGUACCCCAUCAUCACCGAGUGCAAGUGCGCGUGCUCGAACUGACCCAUGCCCCAACACACACACACACACGCGCCUUUCCUCGAAGUUCUAACUUAUGGAUUGACUUUAUAAUAGAUAUUAAAGUUUCUAUUUUGUAUAAUAAUAAUAAUGCUGAUAUAUUUUUAUUUUUCAGAAUCUCGUUCUCUUUUUUUUUUCCUUGUGAUGCACUAUGAAGUGUAAGAAUGUAUUUUCUCAUGCUUAUGUAUAUGUCGUGCCAUGUAAAAAACCGAUAGACAGUAUUACGUGUAACCCAGAGUCUACUGUAUUUGUGAAGAAUAAAAUCUUUAUCAUUUUUUUUUAAUUAUUAUUAUUAUUAUUUUUGUUUCAUAUUUAUGUCGCCGAGAAAGAGCGAGCAGCGCAUGCGCAAACGCUGGACUCAUUUGAUUUGACUUUUUACCAUUUGUAUGUCUCACAGCUGAGGUACAUGUCAUCCUGUAAAUUAAGAGCAAUUGCUAUUUAUUCUUUAUAUUCAUAGUCUAUAAAAUAUCUGUAAAAUAAAAGUGACAUAAAUGA